AUGGACAAGGGGAACUGCUCCUCAUCGCCAGAAUUUCUCCUCUUGGGAAUUACCAGUAACCCUGAGGCGAAAAUGUUUUUAUUCACUAUAUUUCUAGUUGUUUAUCUCACUAACCUGCUAACAAAUCUUGGAAUGAUUAUUUUAAUAAGAAUGGAUCCUCAGCUUCACACCCCAAUGUACUUCUUCCUCAGCCACCUCUCUUUCUCUGAUCUCUGCUAUUCCACUGCAGUUGGACCCAAGAUGCUUGUAGACCUCCUGUCCAAGAAAACGUCCAUUCCAUUUUUUGGCUGUGCCAUGCAGUUCUUCACUUUCUGUAUCUUUAUAGAUGCUGAGUGUGUGCUGCUGGCAGUGAUGGCCUUUGAUAGAUACAAGGCCAUUAGCAAUCCCCUACUGUAUGCAGUAGACAUGUCUAGGAGGGUUUGCUUCCAAUUAUUGGCUGCUGUUUAUUCUGUAGCGUUAGCAGAUGCUUUAGUACAUACAACAUUGACAUUCCAUUUAUGUUUCUGUGGGUCUAAUGAGAUUAAUCAUUUCUUCUGUGAUAUUCCUCCAGUGUUAGUCCUGUCUUGUUCAGAUACACAGGUCAAUGUAUUAGUCAUAUUCACUGUUUUUGGUUUCAUUGAACUGAGCACAAUUUCAGGAGUUCUUGUCUCUUAUUGUUACAUCAUCUCCUCUGUCUUGAAGAUUAGCUCUGCUGCUGGGAGGUUAAAAGCUUUCUCCACCUGCACCUCACACCUGACUGCAGUGGCAAUUUUCCAAGGAACUAUGCUUUUCAUGUACUUCCGCCCAAGUUCUUCCUACUCCCUAGAUCAAGAUAAAGUGACCUCCCUUUUUUAUACACUUGUAAUUCCCAUGUUAAACCCUCUUAUUUAUAGUUUGAGGAACAAAGAUGUGAAAGAGGCACUCCAAAGAGUAAAAAUUAAAAUGUGUUUACAAUAA